AGAUCACAACAACAGAGAGACGACGAGCUGCAGGAGCCACGUAGCUUUUAUAUUCCAGAGGAGGGAUGUGAUUGGUGGAGGCGGGACCAGGUUAAUGAUGAUUGACAGCGGGGACAGCGAAUGGAAUGAUGAAUGGCUCUCCUGCAGUAUUACAGAGGGGGAAGAAAACACACACGACGUGGAACGUAACAAAUAGUCUUAUUCGGCAUGGAUGAAAAAUAUGUACACUUCAAUGGGUAUCUGCUUCCGAAAGAGACUCAUUCUGCUGAGAGUUUGAAGUAUGCCGCUGAAUUUCAGGUUCAUGACGAUGACGUUUUCGCUGUCACUUACCCGAAGUCCGGCACGACAUGGAUGCAGGAGAUUCUGCCCCCAAUCCUGAACGGGGGGGACCUGACUCCGGUGCAGACCAUCCCAAACUGGGAUCGAGUGCCCUGGCUGGAGGAGACCCGGGCUGCACUGGUGCUGGGUGACCGGCCCCCUCCUCGAGCCAUGGUCUCCCACUUGCCCUACCACCUCAUGCCCCCCUCUUUCUAUACCUCCAAGGCCAAGGUGAUCUACGUCACCCGGAACCCCAAAGACAUCGCCGUCUCUUCCUUCCACUUCCACAAGAUGGCCAGCUUCCUUGACGAUCCCGGAACCUUCGACGAGUUCCUGGACAAAUUUCUGUCUGGACAGGUAUUGUUCGGAAAGUGGACAGAUCACGUGAAAAGCUGGAGAAACACAGAUAUUGAAGACAGAAUCCUCUAUGUGACAUAUGAAGAAAUGGUGCAGAGCCUAACGACGAAUCUCACAACGUUUGAGGGGACAUUGGAAAGCUUCCUUGGAAAACAGUCGCCAGCACUGCAUGGUGGGUCAGCAGUCUUUCCUGCGCUCGCUGUCAUUCUGCAGCUCUUCUGGCAGUGGCUGGUCAGUGACUGCAGAGUACAGCCGAUUGUCCACCAGGGGGCACAACAUUUUCUUAUGCAAAUUAGUAGGCGAUGACAUCAUUACACAUCAUAAAUAUGUAAAUUAGCAUGUGACAUCGUUUAGCGACUUCUAGCGACUUUUUGCUCUUGCAUUAGCUAGUUUCCCUGGGAACAAGUUGGCAACACUGUUUUGGGCGGUUUUACUAAGAGCUAGCACACAUACCAACAAUAAACAAGUAAGAGCAGCCAGUAUGUCUGUGUCACAUACAAAGCAGCUUAUGCCGCUACCAUUUUGAAUUUACCUAAGAGCAAAUGCAGUUUAGUAAUUCAUGUUCAUUUCAUUUCUUUCAUUUAUUUGUUUCUUUUCACAGAUCAAUUUGCUUGUUUUUUUGUUUCUUUUUGGACAAAAAGUACACAAUCAGUCACACUGAUUAUAUACUAGCAGUAUAACCAUGGAUCAUAUUGACUUGAAAUAAUAUUAAUGACAUACUUAGAAUCCAUGAUGUUGGAACAGGACUGAACACCGCCAUUUUCCCACCAGGACCUGAAGAGAGCCUUGCUUAAG